AGUGUUGGGACCGCUGCAGAGCGCGUCAGUGUGUCGUACUGAAUGAAGAUCAGGCAUACAUAUUCACAUGCAAUAAGCAGUCACUAAGCUCAGCCCCUCACAGAACCAGCUAGGUAGCUGACUUGCUGAGGACCAGUGAGUGAAGAUCAGCCCAGCGGUGUCCGUUGGAGCCUCUAAAAUCCCGCCGUCCCGACGUCUCCGAUGGCUCAGAACGGCACUCCGGUGAACGGCAGCGUGUCUCCGGCCCGUCCGAGCCCUCCGGUCGACUACCCGGCCCUGCUGAAGCUGUUCACCUGUCCAGUGUGUAGCGAUUUCCUGCGGCCGCCGAUCCCCCAGUGCAAGAAAGGCCACCCACUGUGCGGCGCGUGCAGGCCCCGGGUGCGCGGAGUGUGCCCGCUCUGUAAACAAGCUGUCACCAACCAGACCAACAUAAUGAUGGAGCAGAUGAGCCAGCUCAUCAAGUUCCCCUGCCAACACGCGAGAAAGGGCUGCGCAGAGCUGGUGCUACUCAAGGAGAAGCCCCACCACGAGAGCGUGUGCGACUUCCGGCCGAUCCACUGCGAAUACCACGAGCACGGCUGCGCUACCGUGCUCUGUCUACAGGAGAUGGCUGCCCACGUGCGUCAGUGCUCCUUCCGACCCCACUGACCGCCUUACAUACGCCAGCCGAUACUAAAUUGGGAAAUAAAUGGUGGCGUGUACUUUGUCAUACUCCGCCUAUAUCGCAAGUGAUGCGUUUUCGUGAGAUCGCCCAUUCGCCUUGACUCGACUUAGCGGUGUGAUUAUGUUUUAUCUUUGUCGCAUGCCUCUUUGUCAUGUGUCAUGUUAAAAGCUUUGCGCUCUUUACAUCUCGUGAGAUGUAGCCACAGUGUUCUCAAUAGCUGUAUAUUGUGCACUGAAUGUUGCAUAUUGUGGUGCAUAUGAUAGUGUGUAUAGUAUGGACCAUGGAAACGUCCUGUCAGAGUAGCAAAUGUAUCUAAAUGAAUGGUUGAUUAGUACAAAGCAAAGGUGCAGCGACCCUGCAUGCAUUCACCAUCGCACACUGUUGAAAAGGCGUUUCCACGUGAAUGCUGGUGGAAUCCUGCCUCCUAGUAGAGCCACGCCAGUCUCUCCUUUUUUCCGCCGACUUUCGCUAAAACAUUACUGAACAUCCUCCCGUAUGAAGGUAGCCAGUGGGGACCGGUGCUGGUAGCUGUAUUUGAUGCCAACCGAGAGGGCCGUACUUGAGCGUAUUUUUAGUUUAGGCGAGCGCCAGUGAUCACCGACGUAUGGACGAUGAAGAGCGUGUGUCGGUAUCGCUGUUAUAACAGUACCUUGACCUUAUAUCUGUGUUUCAAUAAGCCGCGUUCUACUAAAAUAAAGGAAACAGUUUUUGUGCC